CUGAGCCAGCUCAGUUUCCAGCAGCAGACUCCUAGGCUGAGCCAGCCGUUAGCAGUGGAUGAGAAACCCGAAGCUACCUGUAUCCCCGGCAUGAUUCCUGCGGUUGUUUGAUGGGGAUUUUAAGGAUCGUGAUGCUGCCCAGGAUCCAGCUUUUGGCUGUUCUGGCAUUCGGAGUGGCAAUGCUGCUGAUAGAGAACCAGAUCCAGAAACUGGACGAUUCCAGAGCCAAGCUAGAGCGCACCAUCGCCAGACACGAGGUGGCCGAAGUAGAGCAGCGUCGCAGCGAAGACAGGGGUGCGCGGGAACUUAGACCGCUGGCAGAAAACAACGACAUGGUCAUCAUCUACAACAGAGUGCCCAAAACAGCCAGCACGUCCUUCACUAACAUCGCCUAUGACCUGUGUGGGAAGAAUCGCUUCCACGUCCUGCACAUCAACACAACCAAGAACAACCCCGUCAUGUCACUGCAGGACCAAGUAAGAGCGCAGACAACCAGCUGGUCUCACUUUAUACAGGAAUAG